AUGCCUGCGGGGGAUCUGGCUGGCGUCAUGAAUAUCGUCAGCUUGCUCUCCCAGGAAGAGAUCCCUUUUAAGCUGCGAUGUGCUAUCUGCAGCAAGUUGGCAGUGAAUGCCUUCCGGUUACCUUGCUGUGACCAAUCAAUAUGUGAGCCUUGCCAAAGCUCGCUCCCCGACACCUGUCCAGUCUGUGCCCAUCAUCCAGUCUCUCCGGAUCUCUGCAAACCCAACAAGGCCCUCCGAACCACCCUCAAGGCCUUUCUCCGCACCGAGGAAAAGAAGCGAGAAAAAGACCGCCAGGCUGCAGCUCCCCCAGCCCCGUCUAUUGCGACACCUGCGGAUGAUGCAACUGCACCACCAGAAGCACCUCAACCCCACCCCAUAGGAGAAACACCAGUGAUAGAGACCACCGAAACACCUCUGCUGGCAGAGCCCAAUUCUGAAAACCCUGCGGCAGACGUCCCCCCUACCAACAUGGCUGAGAAGAGUGUUUCGACAACUGAAGCGAUCCAGCCCACAGAAUCCCCAGUUCAGGGAACACAACCCGAUCAACCGCCUGCCCUGCAAAUUACUCUCUAUAACCCCAUGCACCAGCUUGAGGCACCUGGGGAUCAAUCCACCAACACCUCCGAUGCCAUGGAAUCCAACGCUCCCACAAGUGAUACCCCGGGUGAAGAAACCCCGCAGAAUCACCCCCCGCAGUCCAACUCCACCGGGAUGCCACCAAACGCAGGCUCGGGAGGCUUUCCAGGAGCAGGUAUGGGUUGGAAUGGUGGCGGGAAUUUCAAUGCGAUGAAUCCAUACAUGGCCAGCAUGUUUAAUCUCCCGAAUGCUAUGGGCAUGCCCAUGACGAUGGACCCGAUGGCCGCUAAUCAGGGGAUGUACGGGGACUACGGAAUGAACAUGACUGGCAUGGGCAUGAACAUGGGGAUGAACUACAACGGGCAGGGCAUGUAUGGAUCCUUAGGAUGGGGCGGCUCCCAGAACAUGUGGCGUGGCCAAGAUAAUCUCAAUCCAAAUGCUUUCGCAAAUGGUACCGGUUCUCCAUACGGAGCAUUUGGCGGGUCCAAUGUCUCUCCUUACCCUUCUCACCCAGGUCCCCAAUCUGGUUACUACGGGCCGGGAUAUGGUCGAGGUGGGUUCCGGGGUCGUGGCCGCGGGCACUUUCAGGGCCCUGGUCGAGGAGGAUCUGGGGGUCCGGCGGGAGGGUUCUCUCCUGCUGUUUCUGCUGUUGAUGCGUCAAAAGCCCAAAACCCCCAGGCCCAGAGCAAUGCCGAGGUUGAGCCCGCUGGAGAGAACACUUCUACUGCAGAGCCAAGCCAACAGCUCCAAGGUAUUCCUACUAUUGACAGUCUGAACCAGUCACCAACCGGGCCUGGACGUGGAUACAUGCAUCGCGAUGGAUUUGCCGAUAGCAUGUCUGGACUCCAGCAAAUGCCCGUCGCUCCGCGUGGACCAGGCGUGGAAGGCGCUCCGGUGGCUCCCCGCGCCAUGCGACAGGGUCUGCCUAAUACCAGUAUGCUGCGCCAACGUGCCCUUCAGAACCAAAGCCGUAUCUCGGGGAACAAUGCCCUGAAUCUGUCUGGGGGACAUCCGGACCCUCAAAGUGACAUCCCAGCCCAAGCCACCUCCAAGGCACCGUCCCACUCCCGGGAAGCUUCCCGAUCCCCUUCACAUAGGCGAGCCUCUCGCGCUCGCUCGCCAACUACUCUGGACGCAGAUGAUAGCCGAGAGAAUCGCCGUGACCGAGAGGUCCGGCAGACCGAGCGCCCUGACGACACCCAGCUCGAUUACCGAAACUCCCGCUCCCCAUCCCCAUUGUCCCCGCGCCUAUCUUCACGCCGCCGUUACGACGACACUGAUCGAGAGCGGAGAAAUAGUCGUCGGUCAUAUCGGUCGCGCCGUCAUCGCAGCCGUAGCCGCAGCCCAGCUCGGAACGAAGAAAGUGACGCUAAUGGCCACAGCAAACCAUCCUCCGAGGCAGGCGAGUCGCGAGACCUUGCCAGUCGAAUUAGUAAUAGCCAUCGGUCUCGCAAAGACCGAUUCAGUCGUCGUGGUGAGGAUCGGGAGAGAGAUCGGGCCCGAGAGAGCCGUCGUCGCGAGAAAGAUCGGGAUCGAGAUCGUGAUCGUCGGGACCGAGACCAUGACAACGACCGCGAGCGUCGCCGGGAUCGAGGCCGUGAGAGAGAUCGAGAGCGUGAGCGUGACAGAGAACGUUCUUUGGACCGGCCUUGGCCACGUGAAAGAGACCGAGACCGAAAACGCUCCCGACGCGAUCGGUCCGAGUCGGUAGUCAGCAAGCACUCCCGCCCGCAGGCCCGGAGGGUCAAACGUACCGAUGAGCGCCGUGAUCAAAAGUCAACGAAUGGCGCGCCCGAGAAAGACCCGCACACCCUGGAACGUGAGGCGCGCAACCGGGAACGCCUUGAGCGAGAGCAACAACGUCGGGAACUGGCCCAUUCCAGUCGCCAUCGAGACAGCCGGCAGGAGCGCCUGGUGGGCGGCCGUCGCAUCAAUUAUAAGUACGAAGAUGAGCUCUAG